ACCCACCCAUUACCAUUAAUUACCAUUGUUCAAACACUGCUCAAAUUUCUUUAAGUGCUGCCAUCCAGCAGUUAGAUCUUUAAUUAAUUUCCAGGAAGUUUUGAUCGCACCGUCUCUGGGCUUUCGGUUUUAGCCAUUGUCGCGGUCAUCACUCAGUAGGAGUGGAGUUUGAAGGAGAGUUGGGGGCAGAAGCAGGAGCAGGAGUCGAAGCUGAAGAUGGUGCUGGGAAGACGACAACCACGACGACGACGUUGGCGACGCGGCAACCUGUAUGUCAGUGUCAACAGUGGACGCGGGCCGGGCGACCCCCGUUGCUCAUUUUCUGUCUUGCUGUUUGAUGAAUUGUCGCCGUACCCCAAAGAAGAGAACUGCAAAGGGGUAGCGGAGAGUGGAGAAGAGAAAACCCAAAGAAGUCAAGCGGGCAGAGUGCCAAUGAACAGCAGCAGCAGAAUCGAAGUAGAACUGUUGCCACUACUGGGUGCCAUGGUGCCUGCUGCCACAGUGUUGACUCAACAGCAAUACGGCCCAGGCUCUCCCUGCCUCUCUUGGGGUAUCUGGUAUUUUUGUGUCCUGCGGCUGCAAAGAUCUCCGCAGACGAAACCUGAAAAUUGUUUGUGAAUUUAUCAUGGCCGACAAAGCGGCGCAAAUCUCUCAAAAUAAAAAAAAAAAAGCGAAA